CAUCUUGCAAGCGAAAGUUCUAUCAAAACGGAAUUGUCAAAAACUUCCACAAGGAAAAAAGUCUUUAUUUUGUCAGCAGGUCGACCUCCGCAGCUCGCUCAAGUGAUAAUAAAACUUUUCCCAAUCGUGAUUAUUUUGAAUGCGUUGCUGCAUGAGCGUUCAAGUGAAAUCGAUUUUUCCUUGUCAAAAUAACGAGAAAAUAAUAUUGUUCGGUGUCCGUCGUCCCUGUUGCUUUUUUGUUAUUUUCUCCUGGAGGAACAAAGUCGAUUCGUACAGAAAGUGAGAAAAAAAUUAAUAUUUGGUGCGUCGUUCAUUUUUAUCGCUGCCAAGUUGCACUUUGAAAAUCCUAGUCUGAGACAAUCGCUAGUGAACGAAAGUGUCCCUCAUCCAGAAGUGAUAGAAAAUUUUCUGAUUCCAGUGAGAUCUGAACGCGAUCAAAAAUGCCACCGGCCAAUAACAACAACGAUGAUUUACCCCCGCCCAAGGCGGACUUCAGUGCGCCUCCACCGUACGAGGCCACAGAUAACAACCCUCACGAUCAGUAUGCUCAGCCGAAUCAUCAAGAAAUGACCACCAAGCUACCGACGUACGAAGAAGUGCAGAUGGAGAAGAUGAUUAACCACGAGCUGCCCAUUCCGCCAGGGGCGCUACCUCCUCCACCACCUAGCAUUACCGGACUUCCCCUGGGACCGGUCGGCCGAGCCACAGGUGGUCCUAACGGUGGUCCCGCUAUGACAUUCAUUGCCAUAGACGCAGAUGGAGAGAACAUCAACGCCGACAAUAGUCUCUUGGGGACCGACAUUAUAUUCGUAACUGCAUUUCUGGUAGCGUUCCUAUUCAACUGGAUCGGUUUUCUGAUGCUGACUUGCUUCUGUCACACGAUUGCCGCACGUUAUGGUGCCCUGUCAGGGUUCGGCUUGUCGUUGGCCAAAUGGACGCUCAUAGUGAAGCACUCUACCGAUUUCGCUUCUCAUGAAAAUUCCUGGCUUUGGUGGCUCAUCAUGGCUUUUGGGUUCCUGAUUUGCGUUCGAGCCCUUGUCCAGUACAUCAGCAUCAAGCGAACGUGGCGACUACUCUCAACAUCAGCACAGGAGCGAUUGCUGUUCUUCUACUGAGUGUCACGUGCGGUUUAAAUCAAGGUCAAUGCAAUGUGGAUCGUUUACCUAUCAAAUGUAUCUCCAACUUGAGGCACUGAACCGCCGAAUGGAUGUUUUAGGACCAUGCUUAAAAUCAAAUACGCAAGCAGUAACCAGUUUUAAUAUGAAUGUUGGUGAUGCAACAGAAAGUACUUUUGUGAUACGUAAAUCACCUCGGUUUUUGCAGUGCAUAAUUUGUCCAUUUAUGUAUCUUAAUAGAAGCAGAUGAAUAUACAUUCAUAUAUAAUGAUAGAACACCAUUACAUACCCGUAAACAUUCCCUUUCAUCGUAGUUUAUCAUCAGUAAUCAACAUCAAAACAUAAAAUCACAGAAUAUGACUUUUGACACAGAGAGUAAAUGCUUCAAAAUCGCGAUAUUUCACUGAACCAGGAUGCCAUUCGGAAGGACUAUACCUACUCUACUCGCAGCAGUGCAAUCAAAUCCACAAAUAGUGUGUUUGUGAAUAGGACAAUUUUGUUUUAUAGGCGUUCUAUUACUGUUUAUUUGUUAUUGAUUUCGUUUAUUAAGUAUUACUGCUAGAAGUUUAGAGCGAACGAAAGCAAAUUGCUACCACCGCAAGAGCAAGACAGAAAGAGGGAGAGGCCAGUGCAGUAGAUUUCUUUUCUUUGAAACUUUCCUAUGAAGUGCGAUUUUCCGUUUUGAAAGCUAAAGGUAUUUUAUAGGGACCGCAGGCUCCCUAAGUGUAACUGGAUCACCCAUUGUAAGCAAAUAGAAAGAACAUAUAGAUCAUAUUUUUGUAAUUGUACAUAGGCUUAGUGCGAAGGGAGCGAGACGCAGAUUAAGGAACAAAAUACCUAUUAUACUACCUAUUAUUGUGAAUGAAAUUGUGUGUGUAACGUGCACAUUUAUCAUCUGAAUAAAGUGAUGAAAUAAAAA